AUGAGUCUCGGCUGCGUCUGCCCAGCUGAUCGGGAGACUCUGCCCGUUGGAUCGUCGAGUGGCCAAACUGCCCACUCGGAUCCAAAUCCGUCGCCUGUGCUCUCUAGCCUGCAUCACCAGGUACCAUCUCUGCCUCUUGCGCGUCCUUCAACAGUUUCUCACUUUCAUCAGUAUUCAAUGUCAACCUCCAGUGUGGCCAUUGCCUCAACUCAGAAUGCAGAUUUCCUAAGUCUUUUUGCUUCACCUAGAAAUUUGGCGCAAAAGAUUCCGUCGUCGAUUCUUCGGGAAAAUUCGAAAGAAGACGAGGCAUUUUCAACUCAGGCCACAAAGAGCCACUUUUGCAACCGAAACUUAGGCAUGUUUCCAAAUUUAAGAGGUUAUCACUUAUUCUUGCACACGAUCUACCGGCAAUAA